AUGCCAAAGAUUCGCCCCAAUGAUCACCAGCCCGGUGAUCAACUACAUUCAGUUUUUUCACCAUGGCCGUUCAUGAAAUGGGGGAUGGAUAUCGUCGGACCUUUACCAAUGAUGCCAGGUAAAGAUAGAUUUAUUUUAUUUAUGACUGACUACUUCUCGAAAUGGGUUGAAUCACAGGCCUUCGAAAAGAUAAGGGAAAAGGAAGUCAUAAAUCUCAUCUGGGACCACAUCAUAUGCCGAUUCGGAAUUCCUUCUGAGAUAACAUGUGAUAACGAGAAGCAAUUUAUCGGAAGCAAAGUGACUCAGUUCCUCGAGGAUCACAAGAUUAAAAGGAUCCUGUCAACAGCCUAUCACCCGUGUGCAAACGGCCAAGCUGAAUCUACAAACAAAACCAUCAUCCAAAACUUAAAGAAGAAGUUGGAAAGCGCUAAGGGAAAGUGGAGAAAAAUAUUGCUCGAAGUGCUAUGGGGACGACCCCAAAAUCAAGCACAGGGGAAACACCUUUCUCUUUAG